AUGCAAUACGGAUUCUGCCUGCCCAACACGAUGGACGGCGACGAACUGAGCAGAUUCGCGCGGAAGGCUGAAGAGCUCGGCUUCGAGUCGGCGAAGAUAUUUGCCUCGCUCGAUGUGCUGUCGAAGGGCAGAGCCGUCUGCGGCGUGGGCGUGGGCUGGUUGGAGAAAGAGUUCGAGACGCUGGAUGUACCGUACUCAGAGCGCGGGCCGAUGACCAACGAGUGGCUCGAAAUCUUCACGAACCUGUGGAGCGAACAAGAACCCGCGUACAGCGGACAAUACUACAGCUACGACGGCAUCUUCUUCGAACCGAAGCCUGUGCAGCAGCCGCGAAUACCGAUAUGGGUCGGCGGGCACACGCGCCCGCGCACUGCGACGCACUGCGAAGUACGGCGACGCAUGGCAUCCUUCCCGCCAGACACCGGAGUAUGUCACGCGCAACUUGCCCUAUUUGUACGAGCAGGUUGA